UCUGAAUUUCACGUCGAAAUCGUGUAUCGUUAAGGAAUAUCUUGAAAUAUGUUUAAACGUGUUUGAAUCGAAAAUGAAAUCUGGAUUAUCGAAAACAUCUUUUUUGGUAAUUUUGUCGAAUGCCCUAUCGCCCACUAUCCCAAAGGUGUUAUUUUUGAACAAGACUUUACCUCGCGCCGCAACGUUGAAAGCCUCAGUGUUUAGGUUUGAAAUGUUCGAAUGUGUCACUUGGAAUAAAGUGGGUUGUUCGAUGAUAAACCCGUCAGAACGUACCGUAUUAAAGCUACAAUUAUUUAUAGUGAAACUUUGGUAUACCCUUAAAUUAGAGAAUGCUCUACUAGGCACUAAAUCAGCGGCAACACCGUUCAAGUCUAACAUCUCUGUACCGAACUUCUUAAAUGCAUAUACACCUAAACUACGUAUAGUUGAGUUUUUUAUCACAAUUUUUUCCGUUUGGAGCAAAUUUGAGAAAGCCAGCGGUUGGAUUUCAUCAAACGUCACUCCGUCGAAGAUGAUUUCGUUGAUUUUUCCCGAGAAGGCAUGACUAGCGAUAGAACUGACAACACUGUCGCGAACUCUGACCUUGAGAGCAGGCACAGUGAUGUCAAAUCGUUCAUCUUGGCUGUCAAUCACUGUCUGCAGUUUAUUCAUUUAGGAUAAUCAUAACUGCUAUUGAAAUACCAACGACACAUUUUUAUAAUUUUUAUUCACAACAAGAAAUGGUAACAAAAUGUAUAAAUACUGUAUAAGAAUCACUCUAAAUCAAACAUUCACUCUGUUCACAAAUCGGUAGUUAAGAGAUCAGUUCUUUCUACAAUAACAUGCAGUUCUGUUUCCCUAUAUGUCCUACCAUCAGGCACAAUCAGACUCAAAUUCCCGUUUUUGUUGCUUUGGUCUUUGCUGCCGUAUUUUUUGCUCAUAUAUACGAAUUUAUAGUA